AUGACAACUGAGAGGGUCAGUAACAUCAUCGAGCAAGUGAUUGAGCAACAACAGAUCAGCCACAUCGGAAAUCAGCAGUUCGUGAAAAUGGAGCAUGAAUCAGACGAGCAGAAUGCGUCCACCUCCUUCAAACCCGACACUCCGACAGCUAGCGAGAUCCAAAUCAACUCGCUGUUCCAGCAGUCGCCAAUUCAGGCGAAUUCGCAGCCCGGUCAAACUGUUGUUGAGGGCGGAAGACCGAUGAAGAGGACGUACUUGCUGUUGAAGGUGAGGAUUUUAAAUGUGAAUUCGUACUAGAGGAUAUUACUACUUGUCAUUCCAGAAAGUGCGUAGGUUUUUUGUUGUAGACCGCACCGUGCGUAAAAAACCCUUUUUGGGGCGUGCAUCUGAUGUUUUGCAUCGUGCAAGUCCAAUAUCGCUGCGACACAAAUUAAAUUGCACAGUGCAAAAUGUUUCGAAAAGGAUCGCGUCGCCCGGGGAACAGGAAGCUUGCACUUUCUUUGCGCUGUGCAAUUUCCUGCUGUUCGCACCGUGCAAUAGGUUUUUUUCGGCGUGGGAAAACAGUGAAAAAUGCACUGUGCGAAAGAUAGCAAUUGUCUAUGCGCAUAUUUUUUUCAUUAUUUUUCUUAUUUGCGGCGGUCUUUCACAGGUUUUCUGUAUUUUCUGCAAAAAAAUUUUUUUUCGUCUCUCCCAAAAAUAAGGUCGGAAGCUCAAUUUCUCCUCGAUUUCUUUGCUUUUUUGCGCAUAAUAUCAGUGAUAGGCACGUAUAGGAGCUAAGAGACUUAUUUUCGAAGAAACUUUUUGUAGAAAAUUUUUGUUGACAGCUUGAGUAUAAAUUUCCCGCCGUAAGAUAAGGUGAAAAUUGAUGGGUUUUGCUCAAAAAUGGAUCAAAAACACGAUUAAAUUUUUGUUGACAUUGAGCGGAAGAUCCUGUCUUAUUUUCUGAACACUCGUCCUUUAGGAAUUCGAGACCGAUGAGGAAUGGCGGACCUUCUACGUCACGGAAAUGGAGCACUGGGCCAAGAAGCGGGUCGCCAAACAGUGUGUGGAGUACGAAUGUCGUCUGAAGCGGAAGGGCUGUAAGAUGGCGUUGCGGCUGAUCAACGGGUCGAACGGGCGGCCUUCGAAGGCGCUGAUUUCGGCUGGACAGCAUGAUCACACGUUGAUGAGGCCGAGUUUUUCGAACGACAUUAGGGCGAUUAUUGAUCGGUGUUUUGUCGAAAACUACAGUGUGAAGCCGUUGAUGGUGUGCGAGACUUUGAAGGUAAGGGGAUUAAGUUCUGUCCGGUGAACGCAAAAAUUCGCGAUUUUUCGGGUCGGUGACAGUUCGGGUCAACACAGAAUCAACCGAUACGGGUCGCAGGGCAAGUGUAUUCCAGAAGAAGAGGUUGUAGGAAGUGCCUACGGGGCCUGACAACACCUUUGGGUGGUCGGCGAACGUGCGGGAGGGCUUGGCGGAGGCUUGAAAUAUGUCCACUUUAUCUUAUUUUCUAGCUAUUACCAACGUUAGUUUUCUUUACCCUGAGUUAUUUUAAUAUAUAAAAGAGCAAAAUUCAAAAUCAAAAAAACGGCGUAACAUUUAUCCAGAUUUUAUUCACGUGAGUAGAUGUUCAAAAAAUGCGAUAAGCUAUCCUAGAACCCGAUCAAUCCUAUUGUUUCUACUAACUAAGCCUUCUCCUAGCCUCUCCCAUGCACGACGAACCGAGGCGAGCCAUAGUAUCAUCGACCCGACUGUCGCUUAUCCGAAAAGUCGUAACGCCAAGAAAUCGAGCUUUUUUAAAUUUUUACCGCAUUCUCUUCAGGACCACGGCUACGUGAAUGUGAGUCGCAAACAAGUCCACCACUAUCUCCAACGAAUCCGGAAAUGCGAAGAGGAGUCGUACACCAUGCCGGAGAACGUCAGUAUUCCCACACAACCGGUGGAGCAGUCCAUCUCCAUUCUCAGCGCGCGCCAUCAAAAGUACCCCGACUCGGACGAGAAGUACAGUCCGGCCGAAGAGCCGCCCCAACAGCCGCACUACGAACCCCAAAGCACCUCGUUGCAGCAGCAGCAACCGCCGCCGCAGAACGGCCAGACCUACACCAUCACGCAGGCGCAACCGCAACAACAGCAGCAAUACAGCCGACCCACAGUCUUCUCCUCCCAAUCCCAAAUCAUCUACACGAAUCCCACCGUGCAGGCGCUGAUCAGCGCCCUGCCCCUGCAAUCCACGCCCAACCUGCAGACCCAACAUCAGCAACAACAACAGUUGCCGCAGGUCAUCCACAAUCAGGUGUUGGGCACGCCGAUUCUCGUACACGGGAACGGCAUUGAAGAGCAGCGGUACGUUCUGCAAACACAGCAACCGCAAACGAUUGUGGCCGACAAACCGCCCAUGGUGAUGACGCUCAGGGCGCAAAAGGUGGAAGUUGAAAGGUUGCCCGAUAAUAUCCAUGUCCUCAAGAUAUAUCAGUGA